AUGGUGAAAUUAGAGAACUCAAACAACAUCGCCUUGUCCGAUUCCAUCGUCAAUCUCGACCAUGGAGAUCCAACGGCGUACGAAGAGUACUGGAGGAAGAUGGGAGACAGGUGUACGGUGACGAUACGUGGUUGUGACCUGAUGAGCUACUUCAGCGACAUCAAGAACCUGUGUUGGUUCAUGGAGCCGGAGCUAGCGGAAGCGAUCAAGGAGUUGCACGGUGUGGUCGGAAACGCAGCGACGGAGGAUCGAUACAUCGUGGUUGGGACCGGUUCCACGCAGCUUUGUCAAGCGGCCGUCCACGCACUAUCUUCUCUCGCUGGGACCCAACCUGUCAGUGUCGUCGCCGCCGCUCCAUAUUACUCUACUUAUGUGGAGGAGACUUCGUAUGUUCGGUCGGGUAUGUACAAGUGGGAAGGAGACGCGUGGGGUUUCGACAAGAAAGGUCCGUACAUCGAGCUAGUGACUUCACCCAAUAACCCUGACGGCACCAUCAGAGAGACGGUGGUGAACCGUCCUGACGACGACGAAGCCAAAGUGAUCCAUGACUUUGCCUAUUACUGGCCCCACUACACUCCCAUCACUCGCCGUCAGGACCAUGACAUCAUGCUCUUCACUUUCUCCAAGAUCACAGGCCACGCCGGGUCCCGCAUUGGGUGGGCAUUGGUGAAGGACAAGGAGGUGGCGCAGAAGAUGGUUGAGUAUAUAAUGGUGAACUCCAUUGGUGUGUCUAAGGAGUCACAGGUUCGAACCGCUAAGAUUCUCAAAGUUCUCAAGGAGACUUGUAAGACCGAGACCGAGAACUUCUUUAAGUAUGGUCGUGAGAUGAUGAAGAAUCGUUGGGAGAAGCUUCGUGAAGUGGUGAAAGAGAGCGACGUUUUCACUCUUCCCAAGUACCCUGAAGCCUAUUGCAACUUUUUUGGCAAAUCACUCGAAUCAUACCCUGCAUUUGCGUGGCUGGGGACGAAAGAAGAGACGGAUCUGGUAAGCGAUCUGAGGAGACAGAAGGUUAUGAGCAGAGCUGGAGAGCGUUGUGGUUCUGACAAGAAGCAUGUCAGAGUCAGUAUGCUUAGCCGUGAAGAUGUUUUCAAUGUCUUUCUCGAGAGACUCGCCAACAUGAAGUUCAUUAAAAGCAUUGAUCUUUAA